AACCAUGAAGCAAUCAACACCAACCAUCUUUCUCGCCCUCUUUCUCGUUCUUCCCUUAGCCUUUGGCGAUGACAUCGUCACUGACAGUGCAUUUCUCUUCCAUAUAUGCUCAAGCUUCGACAAUUACACAGCCCACACCCCCUAUGCUUCUAACUUAAACCAAGCCUUGGAUCAAUUGGCCUCCAACGCCCCUCCCUCCGGCUUCGGCCUCAGCUCCGUUGGCAAGGGCGAUUUACAAAACCAAGUCAACGGGUUGGCUCUAUGUCGUGGCGAUGUCUCGUCCGCCGAUUGUACGAAUUGCAUCGCCACGGCGAGCCAAGAGAUUCGUGAACGAUGCCCUUAUAGAAAAGGAGCUGCCAUUUGGUAUGAUUUUUGUGGGUUGAAAUAUUCUAACACUAAAUUCUUUGGGAAGAUAGAUAAUAGGAACACGUUUUAUAUGUGGAAUCUAGAAGAAAGAGAUGAUCCGGCGCCGUUUAAUGAACAAGUCAAGAGAUUGUUGACUAGUUUGUCUGAAAAAGUUGAAGCUACCAAGAAUUUGUAUGUGAUUGGCGAUGUGGAGAUAAAGCCAUCGGAGAAGUUGUAUGGAUUGGUUCAAUGCACUAGAGACCUACCGAGUGGUGGUUGUAAGAAGUGUCUUGACAUUGCCAUUGGUGAGCUUCCAAGUUGUUGUGAUGCUAAAAUUGGUGGAAGAGUGGUUGGUGGAAGCUGUAAUUUUAGAUAUGAACUUUACCCAAUUGUUGAUGCCCAAAAAUAAGUUAAAGAGUUCAUUACAAACUUGAUGUUAAAGAUAAUGUAUCGCUCUAUAUGAUAUAUAUGAUAGUGUUAUAUGCAAUAUUUUCGAUUGAGAA